AUGGCCUCCCCUCAGGUUCAUCACCUUUUCCAUGCUCCCAUUGCAGACCACUCCUUUUCGUCCGACCGACAAACCCUUGCUGUCGCCCGCGAAAACAAUGUGGAGCUGUAUCAGACAUCAGGCAGCAAGUUCGAACUGAGUGACGAACUCAAGGGCCACGAGAAGACUGUCACCAGUGUUGACAUUGCUCCCAACAGUGGUCAUAUCGUGACCUGCUCACAAGACCGCAAUGCCUAUGUCUGGGAGAAGACCCCGACUGGCUGGAAGCCUACUUUGGUCCUUCUUCGGAUCAAUCGGGCGGCGACCUUUGUUAGAUGGUCUCCCUCCGAGCAAAAAUUCGCCGUCGGUUCCGGAGCUCGCGUCAUCGCUGUUUGCUACUUUGAGGAGGAGAACGACUGGUGGAUCUCAAAACAUCUGAAGAAACCCAUCCGCAGUACUAUCACCACCUUGGCUUGGCACCCGAACUCGGUUCUCCUUGCUGCAGGUUCCACCGACUCGCACGCCCGAGUCUUUUCGAGCUUCAUUAAGGGCAUCGACAACCGCCCAGAGCCCAGCGCCUGGGGAGAGCGCUUGCCUUUCAACACAAUCUGUGGUGAAUACUUGAAUGACUCUGCUGGUUGGAUCCAGGGUGUAGCCUUUUCCCCGAGCGGAAAUGCUCUCGCUUUUACUGGCCACGACAGCAGUGUCACGGUCGUGUACCCUAGCGCACCGGAGCAGCCACCUCGGGCAAUGCUGAACAUCUCCACCCGCCUUCUGCCUUUGAACAGUCUUAUUUGGAAUGGCGAGAAUGAAAUCCUUGCCGCUGGUCACGAUUGUGAGCCAUUCCGCUUCCAAGGCGAUGAAAAUGGUUGGCAACUUGCUGGCUCUCUUGAAAAGCAGACUGGAACUGGUGCGGGCCCUCGCGAGGAGUCUGCGCUGAAUAUGUUCCGCCAAAUGGAUCUCAAGGGUCAGUCCCAAGUGGACACCAAGCUUAAAUCAACCCACCAGAACACUGUGAACACCCUCCGUGCCUACGAUGAGGCCAACGGAGAGGUGCGCUCUUUUAGCACGAGCGGAGUUGAUGGCCGCGUUGUGGUCUGGUCCCUCUAA